UCUCUGCAGAUUUGUACGAGUUCAGAGUCCCAGAGUCCAUAGAGCUGGGCUCCACGGUGGGAGUGAUUCGAGCCGUGGACGGAGACAUCGGGGAGAACGCAGCGAUGGACUAUAGGAUCAUCUGGAGCGACGGACCCGGAAUGUUCGAUGUAACUAGCAACAAGAGCACACAAGAGGGCGUCCUUGUGCUGAAAAAGCCUCUGGACUUUGAGAAGAAGCGUUUGUACAACCUGAGGGUCCAGGUGGAGAACGUCCACAUCAACCCGCGGUUCUUCGCCCAGGGACCGUUCAGGGACGAGGCCGUGGUGAAGGUCACGGUGGAGGACGUGGACGAGCCGCCGGAGUUCCUCCGACCCAACUACGUGAUGGAGGUGAAGGAGGACGCGGCCAGGAACACCAUCAUCGGAUCGGUCAGCGCCAACGACCCCGACGACAAGAACAGCCUCGUCAGGUAAUGGACCUGCUCUCUCUGCUCCUUGGUACCGAGUUCUGAAGUUGAGAGGAUUUAAAAGUCAGUGGGUUUUUGACCAACAACCUGUUUAAGGGUUCAUUGAUGUCUUUAUGGUUGAAGUACUUUAGUCCAAGGUACUGUGUGUCAGUACUCAGACACAACUACUCAGUACACAGUACAGUAGUACAAACUGGGUCAGAACUUAGACCAGUUCUGACCAGUUAGACAAGAGAACUCGGUACCAAAGAGUUGUUGGGAACUUUGAUGUUAAGGCCUUGAAUCCUGGACCAGAACAGGACUAGACAGACUCUGGACUAGUCCAGAGUCUGUCUAGUCUUGGACUAGUCCUGAUAGAGUCUGGACUAGUCCAGA